AUGGGCACCGUGCUCUCUCUGUCUCCCAGUUACCGAAAGGCCGCGUUCUUCGAAGACGGGCCAGCCACGGUGGGCCACUACACCGCCGUUCAGAACAGCAAGAACGCCAAAGACAAGAACCUGAAACGGCACUCGCUCAUUAACGUGUUGCCAUGGAAACGCAUCGUGGCUGUCUCGACCAAGAAAAAGGGCUCCAAGAAAGUUCAGCCCAACGCUACUUACCAGAACAACGUCACCCACCUGAACAACGAGAACCUGAAGAAGUCGCAAUCCUGUGCCAACCUCUCGACCUUUACUCAGGACCAGUCGUCUCCCUCCAUUCCCAGCUCCAAAAAUUCAAACAACGGGGCCUCCUCCGUCAAGAAGGCGCCUCUCUCCGGGUCCACCGCGGCGGCUGGCACGCCGAAGCGCGUGGUGGUUCAGGCCUCCACCAGCGAGCUCCUGCGCUGUCUGGGGGAGUUUUUGUGCCGGAGAUGUUACCGGCUCAAACACCUCUCCCCGACCGACCCGGUUCUGUGGCUGCGGAGUGUGGAUCGGUCCCUGUUGCUGCAGGGCUGGCAAGACCAGGGUUUCAUCACCCCCGCCAACGUGGUCUUCGUCUACAUGCUUUGUCGGGACGUGGUCUCGUCUGAGGUGGCGACAGAACACGAGCUGCAAGCGGUGCUGUUGACCUGCCUCUACCUGUCUUACUCUUACAUGGGAAACGAGAUCUCCUACCCUCUCAAGCCUUUCCUGGUGGAAAGCUGUAAGGAGACAUUCUGGGACCGCUGCCUGUCCAUAAUCAACCUGAUGAGUGCCAAGAUGCUGCAGAUCAACUCCGACCCACACUACUUCACCCAGGUCUUCGCUGACCUCAAGAAUGAAAACCAGAAGGACGAGGAGAGGAGCCGUUUGCUGAUUGGUUUGGAUCGGUGA